AUGGCAUCAUUAGUAUUAAUAGUUACAAUACUUUCCAUUAGAGAGCUUUCAUGUUUUGGUGAACAAGCUAGAUCCAAAGCCAGUGGCAGAACUUCACUUCUGGUGUGUAUUUUUGAUGGUUACCAGGCAAUGUUUGCAAACAAUGCAUGUUAUGACUCUCACAUGUCUCAACCACAUCAAAUUCUUUCUAAAGAAGAUGCUCAAAAGUAUAAUCAAGUUUUGGAAGAUGAACAAGAAUUCAAAAAACAAUUUAAUGGGUCAUGCACAAUCGACUCCCCAUGCGACUUGUCAAAUAAUAAUGUGUGGGAAAAUAAUAUAGCACCAUCUAAUAAUGAUGAUGUGGUAAUUGAUUUUUCAGAUCAACAGAACAACAAAAAUAUUUAUUUAACAAUUCAAAAUUCAUUUGUAACUUUAAAUUCAUUCUCAAUAGUCGGUCAACAGCCAUCAAAUAAUGAAUUAUUAACAAAUUUAUUAAUUCAAAAUUUAAAUUUUACAGUAUUAAACCAAUUCUAUUCACAAGAUUCAAAAAUCUCAUUUUAUGAAGAUGAUCCCAACUAUGCCGAUCAAAGUCAGUUUGGAACAUUUAUAGCAAACCAAACACAAUUAAAUGUAGAUGGAUUUUCAAAUAUAACUUCAAAAAAUGUUAAUUUUAUUGGCACCUAUUCAUCGACAUUUUCAUCGGAUGCCCUAUUUACCGUUCAAAAUAGCACCAUCUUAAAUGCACCCACACAAUGGGACAACAAUAUUAACACAAAUAUCAGCAAUAUUGUUUUCGCCGGUACAACCUAUAUUGAAAAAGAAUUUACCUCGCAAGGCACUAUUUUAUUCCGUGGAAAUUUAUAUAUUAAUGAUGUGUAUAUUGGUCAAACCCUUAUCUCUAUAGGCAAUGUUUACAUAUCUGCUAAUGUAAAAGCAUCCAUAGUUUCAACAUCAUCGGUCCUCUCCAGAUCGACUAUCUAUAUUCUAAAGCCAAGCGUCACUUUACAAGCCAUCGAAGUUAAAACUUACGGCACUCUCACUCUAAACGCACCUGGUUUGACUAUAGAAUCCAAUUUCACAAUGAACUCUCUUACAAAUAUACAAAUCAACUCUGCAACUUUGAACAACACUACACCAUUCAUCAAUCUACUAAGUGGUCAAUUUGAUUUGUUUUUGGUGACUUUAAAGCUUCAAUUAAAUAGUAAUAAUACACCAACUAAAUACGAUUCUAUCUUUUUAUUUAAUUCAAAUAGAAGAAUUUCAGACUUUGGCAUUACAAAAACUACAAUCACAACAUCAAAUAAUAGACAAAUUACCGGAAUCGAAUAUGAUGUCGAACAAGAUACCGAAACUGGAAAUGUCAACGUGGUGUUCAAUGAUCCUCCUAAAAAAAACACUACUUCAAGUAAAGAUAAAAUUAUUGUGGGCUGUGUGGUUGGGGGCGCUGUUCUAAUAAUAGUUUUAUUUGUAAUAAUUUACAUCAGCAUAAAAAAAGAUAUUAAUUGUAAUCUAACCUGUUAA